GUCAUGUCAUUGGUCAAUCGAAAUUGAAAAAUUGAAUCGAGGUAUAGUCGUUCCUCCGCUCGGUCGAUGAAUAUUUAUUGUUUGUUUUUUCUCGGUCGUGACUACUAAACAAGGUUCGAUGUGUGGGCAACGAUGAGAUAAUAAUUAUACAGUUACAAGUGCUUCUUUGUUUAGAAACUUUUUGUGCUUAUUUGUGUGCGAUCAAAUGGCUUCAACGCCAGUGCAAGUGAACGGUAAUGCGAAUAAAAACAGUCCCCUGGGAAAGCGGAAAAAAUCUCGAGGAAGCAAAGGUUCAUAUUUAUCUAAAUGGUUGGACAAAACUAUGUGCCAUAUACAGGAGUCUACACCCAGUAUGGAUACGUAUGAUUCUUUUAUGACACCGAAUAUGAAUUGGGGUUCGCAGUUCGCGCCGGGUUACGACCCGUGCAGGUUUAACAUGUUCGGUUACGCGGAGCCAAUGUCGCUGCCUACGCCGCCUACCUACUGCAGUCCUGCGAUGCCGAUGUAUCCUCCCGAGUACCGUUACGUGCAGAGUGUCAACAAGAGUGUGCAGGUGCAGCGGCCGCGGCCGCCCCGUCGCAGUGAGAAGCCCGAGGACUGCAGCACGCCGAACAGCACCCCAUUAAACACUAAUUACUUCCAACCAAAGAAUUGCUCAGAUAGCCAAGACUUCGCGAGCUUACCGCCUAUUGUUACAUCAGUUGGCGACACGAAUUCCAAUAGUGAUAUGAAUACCAAUGAGAAGGAUGAGUGUGCGCGGAGAUACAGCGAUCCUUGCGUGCAAGGAUUGCCUGAUAUAGCCCGCCCGGCUAACGGAGAGGUGGACUCUGUGUCGGAAGACAGCUCGGGGUUGUCCGGGAGUCAGGUUGGCAGUAGACUGCUGACGUACCUCUUGGACCAGAUAACGAGCCUGAAGAUGACCAAUGAAAGACUGAAUAAAGACUUACAAGAAACCAGAGCCGAACUAAACAGCCUGCGAACACAACACAAUAUCUGGCAGAAAGGAUCCAGUUCCAGUAUUGGUGGCAAUAAUGGUUUAGUAGGCGGUCAAUAUUCGCCCGGCUACGUGACCGACCUAGUCCGCGAGAUCCGGGACUCCGCGCGGAUACGGGAAGAGGCCUUAUACGCGCGAGUCCGUGCCAUGCUGCUGGAGAGAGAUAACGGAUUGGCAUCACCGGAAACGAAGUUAAGCGAGAAAACUCUUGAAGAAAUCAAGAAUUCACUUCGCGCUUCGGAGGCGGACAAAAGGCGCAUGAUGGACCGUGUCGCAAAACUGGAGGACGAGCUGCGGCUACUCAGAGUCUCCACGAGUUUCGACUCGAGCGAGAACGGCAUCACGAACGGCACCGAGGACUCGGAGACGGAGCGACUCCGGCUGCGGAAGGAGCUCGCCAGCAUGAAGAAGGCCAAGCAGAACGCGGAGGAACACGCUUUCAAACUGGAGCGGCUAGUGACCCAGCUGCGUUCCAAAUUCAACGGUCUCCAAACGUCGCCGAACGGUCCCGAGUCGCUCCCGAGCGAGACCGAACAGGACCCGAACCGCACGCGCCGAACUAGCGUCAAUUCAAAUACUACCGUCGUGUUCGGGCCCGUGACCGACUUGUAGCGAACACUCGCUAGCGACGUUUGUGUUCUAGCCACGGACGUGCUCUGCUCUGUGUUGGAUAAAAUAUACUAAAUUUACUAAACUGUACUGUAUUCAACGAGUGAAACCGAACAGGACCCGAGUACAAGCGUCAUCUUCAACACUACCGUCGUGUUUGAGUCCGUGAGCGACUUGUAGCGAACACUCGCUAGCGACGUCUUUGCUCUAGCCACGAACGUGUUCUGCUCUGUAUUGGAUAAAAUAUACUGAACAGAUACUAAACUGUACUUCAACGAGUGAAACCGAACAGGACCCGUGCACCAUCGUCAACUCCGACACUACCGUCAUUUUCGGACCCGUCACAGACUUGUAGUGAACACUAGCUAGCGACGUCGGUGUUUUGGCCACGGACGUGCUCUGAUCUGUAAAAUUCUGAGUCUCGAACGGGAAAAGUGUUAUAAAUAUAUCAGUACGAAAUAUAAUAAUAUUUUAACGCGUAAUGGGCAUAAUACAAUAUAUGGAAUAAUACAAUAUUUUCCAAAAUAUGGCAAGUCACAAUUAAAUGUGAUGAAUAAUAUGUGUAAGUAAUCAUUUUCAAAAUUGAUAAUAUUAAUAAUGUUAUAACUCAAUAAUCGAAUCUAAAGUUACAAUCAUUGCUUGCAUAUCCAUAUUUGUAAUGGACAAUAAUGUAAUUAAAAAUAAAUUGUGUGUUGUGCUUUUCUAACAUAUUAAACUGUUGUGUUCUUUAAUUUGUUUGGUAAAUAAUAACAUUAUUUGAUGUGUGUAUAUAAUACUAUUAACUGACACUUCGUGCGCAAUUCCUUAUUGACUUUUAUAAUUUUCACCUAUUCACAUGUAACACUUUAUUAUAAAAUCUUUUUAAUAUAUUUAUUCAGUCAGUAAUUGUUUGAAUGAUACAGGAUCCUCUUUAUUGGUGCUUUACAUAAUUAAAGUUACUAAGUACCUACAUAUACAGUUUAAUACAGAUAAGAGUUAUAAUUAUGACAGUGGGAAAUAGUUUAUAAAUUUUUCGGCCUAAUGUUUAUUUUGCUAAUGUGACCAUUUAUUUAAAAAAAAGUGUUGUAUUCUUAUGCUUGUCAUACAUCAAAUUUACUUGACCUGACCUACAACUUCGGGAAAUGAUAAACAGCUGAUGUAGAUAGGUUUUAUGUAAAUACAUACCCUAAGGUCGAAAGUUAUUUUGAUACUUUAAAAUUAGCAGUGUAAACAAAUUCAAUACGUAAAUUGGUUACACAUUUUUGUAGGAUCUUAUUCAAACUUUAACUUGUUUUAUUUCCCUGUUUAUAUUUUCAUCGUAUCAUAUCUAUAAACUGCUAAUUGAUUAGGUAAUUAUCAGAAAAUACUGGCUCACUUUCACAAAGUUCUAAAUCUAAAUACAUGCAGCUACUUUGCAAUAACCUUGUGCGAGUAUGUUUGUCUUGCUCGGCCAAAUUGAUAUUUGUUGCUAUAAGUUAUAUCCAUAGAGCGUGAAUUGCAAUGUUAGUUGUGCUCAACUAUUUGUUUUAAUGAUUAAGCUAUAAUUGAAUGUGUUGUCGAAAAAUUAUAAUCAUUAGCGAAUUUUGUUUAAUGUUUAACUUUAAUUGUGUGGUCUCAAAAUGUCUUGAACAAAUUAUACGAUUUUAUUAAUUAUGUGAACUUACUUUUUUUAUGCAUGGGUGUAUUUUAAAAUAUUUUUUUAUCAUAAUAAUCUAGCUCAUGUUUAUGAUGGUUGUUCGUUUUUAUUAACAUUUACCUAAUUAUUUUAAUUUUAAAGCGUGCUCUCUAUAAUCUAACAUAGAUUAUUGGUAAAAAGUGUGUGUGUGGGUUAAAACUAAUUCAAUCAAUAAAUUAAAUAAACUAAAAUGCCAUAGUGUAAUAUAGCAACUGCAAGGUCUACUUUUUUAUAUCAUAAUGGAAUUACUUUUUAAUUUGCCAUAGAAUACUCUGAAAUAACUCGUAGAAGUAGCAAAAUGUAGACUAAAUUUAAAUAAAAAAUAGAUAACUGCCUAUGUAAAUCACUUACACUCAUAGCAAUAAAAAAACGAUAGCUUAUUUUAGUGUCGCCUUUUUAAUGGUGCAUUUGUGCGCAUUCGAAAAUAUCUGAAAAAGUGAACAUGUACACUAAUUCACGUUCAGAUUUCAGAUGUUUUUGAGAGGCUCUGAACUGGCAACGACUUUAUUUGCAAUAAUUAUUAUUUUAUAUACUCAACUACCGCUAACAUAGAAUAUUUGUAAAUCAAUAGAUGCACUUCAAUCCUGUACUUAAUAUUAACAUUGUUAAAGCGUAUUGAUUCAAGGUGCAUUGGGAUGAUUUUUUUAAAACAGUGAGAUUGACAAAUAAGAUGGCCCAAAAUUCAUGAUGCUUUUAUUAAUGAACAUACGAAUUAUAGCAAGAUACGCAAGGUGCGCAAAUGCCAACGGCCAACUCAUAACUAUGACGAGACAGUUGGGUACUAUCGUCUUAUAUGAUUAUUAGGUUUCCGUACCCAAAGGGUAAAAAUGGGACCCUAAUACUAAGACUCCACUGUCCGACUGUCUGUCACCAGGCCUUAUCUCAUGAACCGUGAUAACAAUCCGCUAUAACAACAAAUACUAAAAGUAACGGAACUCGGUGGGCGAGUCCGACUCGCACUUGUCCGGUUUUACUUUCAGUAUUCUCAUUAAGAAUUAACCUAACGCACCUUAACAAUUUGUUUUUAAAUAUAUCUUCAACUAACCACCGACAUCACACGUAGUAUAGACUGAUAUAUUAAUUUAUUCUUACAAAUAAGUAACAUACCAAAUUGGAGAUUAGAUAUUAAUAUGAUCGUCAUAAUUUAUUAACGCUUUAUGUAUAGGAACGCUGCCGUAGUUUUAAAAGGACGAUAUUAUUGUAGAAAUGAAUGUAAAUGACUUGUGUUAUUAUAUGUUUUAUGUCAUUUUAGUGUACGAGGUUAAAUCGUCAAAUACUGACCUACUCAUUGAUUGUAGGAUGUUUUAUAAAUGUCUGUAACCUUUAAUUCGACGGAAACGAAUAUGAAAUAGGUAACGAAUAUGGUUUUUAGAUAGACGACUAUUAACCGAAAUUCUAUUGGAGGUACUACAUACGUAUAGAGGUAACAAAACUGCCUUAGUCGAUAUUUUUCAUCGUUAUUAAAUUAUAGUCUUUCUAGCUGUUAGCGUAAAGGUCAGUAAUAGAUGAUUGAAUCAUAAUCAGAAACAGAUCACAGAGAGUACUAACCAUAACUAUGAAAAUUACUUUAAGGCGUUAGUUGCAUUGCACGUUAAAAACAUUAGGUAAUUUAUUCAAAAUCAAUUUAAAAUCUGCGAUAUUAUUCAAGUAACUAAUCCUCAAUUAUUUGCUGCUAAUCAAUGCAAAUAUACUUUAUAUGUAAAACAAUAUAUGUUAACAAAAUAAAUAAUGUGAAUAACAGUUGAAAAUUUUAGAUUAGAAUACUGGUGCCUUAUACGUAAUCUGUCCGCCCAUUAUUAUGUCCAGAGGGCCUACCGUGACAAUCGAAAGUAGAAACUUAAUUAUCUGCCUCUCUCACUCGAAUACGUAAAAGUGAUAGAGAGGCAUAUCACGAAAUUAAUAUUUUUCGAUUUUCGCGGUAUGUCCUCAGCUACCAAAACUGUGCCAACAGUCUGGAGGUCUAUCUUGAAACAAGUUAACCCUUUAAAUGCCAAGAACUCUUGCGUCGUGAUUUGUUGCGCACGCUUAAAAGUGCUUUAUCGUAAGUACGUUGUGAAGCUAUCAUGCUUUCAAGUAAGUAACUUUGCUAGCUCGUAUUUUAUCAAUGAUGUUGGUGUGUGCGUGACAAUAUAAUUAUCGUGCGAUAAUUAACUACACCGUUAAAAUUAUUUGGUUUAACGGGUUAACUUUUCUCUCAAUGUUUCAUUAAUAUGCUCUAAAUGUAUAGAAUGGGUUGGUUUUUGUUUUUUUUUUGUUUUAAUAUUUUAUUAAUUGAUAAUUCAAUUAAAAAUAUUUAUACAUUUUUGUUUAGUUGAAAUGAUACAAAAUCAUCUGUUAAAGAUAAGCUAUUUGAGCGAUAUUUCAUUUUGUCGUUGCACAUUUAAAAACUUUAUACGUACUUGACUUCACACAAUUCAAAGAAAAUGUUAGUACGUACGAUAAAAGUAUUGCUUUCGUAACUAAUUUGUAUGGUAGUCGAUCGAAAUUGGUAAUAAAACUGUUUGUAAAUUACACUGUCAAUUUUGUGAUGUUAACAUUAAUUGUGUAAUACUCCUAUUUACUUUAUUUGUAUACGAGCCUUUGUUAAAUACGACCGGGAUUGGUGGACGGAAUGGGUUUAAAUAAAUUAUUGCCUUUAC